UUUUGAACAGAAAACAUGGAAUUCUGUUGAAAAGACAUAAAAUUUUCUUGAUUUUCUUUUCUUGCAAAAUUCUGUUUUCUUGAUGUAACUUGAAGAAAUUAUCCGUUGAAACGUUGGAUUUCUUGAGUAUUGAGAUUAAUUUGAGUUUUCUUUAAGUUUAGAUCAGCUUGAGUUAAACAGAGUGUAAGCAAAUCAAGAACCAGAGAAUCAAAUUAAGCAAUCUUGGAAAUUUUCUUGAAUUUGAAAACUUGAGUUAAUUUUGCAUAAGUUGGGGUGUCCAAACGUCAAAAAAUAGAAUUGUUUUUCUUGCAUUUCUGUUUCUCCUCGUCACUUAUUUUCUUUUCCUAUUUUAUAAUUUUGUCUAAUAAGGAAAUCAAAUCCCGACAAUUUCUCAUUCUUUCAUAAUUUCUCUCUCAUUUUUGUCUAUUUUCUUGACCUUUCUCUGUUUUUCUUUUCUGGGAUUAGGAGGGAAAACAAAAGAAAAUUUUCUCUCCUAUUUCUCUCUCUAAAAAAAUCAUGAUUUUUGACAAGGGUUCAUCACCACAAUCAAAUCUUGAUUGUUUUCUUCAUUGCACAACCCCUUCUGUUCCUUCUCAAUUUCUUGCAAAGACAGAGAUUAUGAAUUUAAACCGUUUAUGGCAUCCAUGGGAAAGAGAGACAGUUGAGUAUUUUACAUUGGGUGAUCUUUGGAAUUGUUUUGAUGAAUGGAGUGCUUAUGGUGCUGGUGUUCCUAUUGUUAUGAACAACAAUGGUGAAACUUUAGUUCAGUACUAUGUUCCUUAUCUCUCUGCAAUCCAAAUUUUCACUAGCAAUUCCUCUCUUAAUUCUUUCAGGGAAGAGACUGAAUCCGGCGACGGUGAGACCAGAGAUUCGUUUAGUGAUUCUUGUAGCGAUGAGAGUGAAAGCGAUAAGUUAUGGAGAUGGGACGGAUGUUCUUCCGAGGAAGGAGGAUUCGAGCAAGAUAAUCUUUGGCCUCUCAAUGAUAGAUUAGGCCACCUUUAUUUUCAGUAUUUUGAGAGAUCAACUCCUUAUGGAAGAGUUCCUCUAAUGGAUAAGAUUAAUGGAUUGGCUCAAAGAUACCCGGGCUUGAUGUCGCUUCGCAGUGUGGAUCUUUCUCCUGCUAGUUGGAUGGCUGUUGCUUGGUACCCUAUAUAUCACAUUCCGAUGGGGCGAACCAUAAAGGACUUGUCGACAUGUUUCCUCACAUAUCAUACCUUGUCGUCAUCAUUUCAAGAUAUGCAUUUAGAUGACGACAUUGAUAGUCCGGAAAGGAAGCGAAAGGAAGGGGAAAGUAUUUCGCUCCCGCCAUUUGGUUUGGCCACUUACAAGAUGCAAGGCAAUGUGUGGAUCUCAGGAAAUUGUGGAAGGGACCAAGAGAGGCUAGUUUCACUUUUUAGUGUGGCAGAUUCAUGGCUAAAGCAACUGAGGGUCCAACACCAUGACUUCAAUUACUUCAUGGGAAUUAGGCGUGGCUAAAACCACUAAACUUGCACUUUUGGCAUCUCAUGAUAGGAAUUGAUCACUAAAAUCCUCUUUUUUUGGUCGGAUUUUUGGUUCCGAGCUCGAGAGUCAGCUUGUUUUCAGUAUCGAGCUUCGCUUUUUAAGCUUAUUGUAGGGGCUAACUCAUGUAAAUCAGUUUGAUCAACAAUGAGUGCAUGUGAGAUGAUAAUUUAACCCUCUUGUUUUUUUUUUUUUUACUUUAUUUGGGGUUUUUAUGGAGUGUCCAAUGAAGCCUUUUGUGUAGAGAGAUGGAUGAAGUCAUGCACAUAGAGAGAGGGAGAGAUUAAGUGUGUGAUCUUGACUUUGAAACUUCUUCUAGAUUGUGUAACAUUGUCUUGAACAUAAUGAAAAUGGUGAAACAUUUGAUGUUUUUCUUAUGCAA